GUGGAUCCCCCGGGGCGCAGCCUCUGUGGACUGCGACCAACUCCUUCCCUCCGUGACCUGCGCUUUAGCCUGGGUCGGUCCGGAGCCCGGCGCGAUGCGGCUUUUUCCCGUCAAGCUUGGGGGCGCUUUUCCUUCCGAAAGGCAGACAGCCCCUGGCCCCUCUCGGGUGCCCUUCGGGGGCGAGAAUAGGUGCCCGCGUUCCCGCCCAUCUUGUCACAGUGUCCUUUGCUGGCAUUAGGGCAAAGGCAGUCGUUCCAUCGGACGUGUUGCCGUCCCGUGUGUUGCAUCCUGCCCACGUGGUAGGGUGUCCCGUCUCCCCCCCCAACCCCCUUCCCCUCCAUUUUUGCCGCUGGAGGAGAGGGAGGUUAACGGGAUGGUUUUCCCGCUGUGAUUUCGUUCGGGUGCCGUGGAAGGUGUUAAGGUUCUCUUUGUGGCCAGAUGGGUUUGUAUGGACAAGCUUGUCCAUCUGUAACUUCAUUAAGGAUGACAUCUGAACUGGAGAGCAGCCUAACGUCCAUGGACUGGUUACCACAGCUUACCAUGAGAGCAGCCAUCCAAAAAUCUGAUGCUACACAAAAUGCACAUGGAACAGGAAUUUCUAAGAAGAAUGCACUUCUUGACCCAAAUACAACUCUGGACCAGGAAGAAGUACAACAGCACAAAGAUGGGAAACCUCCAUACAGUUAUGCCAGCCUCAUUACGUUUGCUAUUAAUAGCUCACCCAAAAAGAAAAUGACUUUAAGUGAAAUUUACCAGUGGAUUUGUGAUAACUUCCCCUACUAUAGAGAGGCUGGCAGUGGUUGGAAGAAUUCUAUUCGACAUAAUCUGUCACUGAACAAAUGUUUCCUUAAAGUGCCUCGAUCCAAGGAUGACCCUGGAAAGGGGUCCUAUUGGGCAAUAGACACCAAUCCGAAGGAAGAUGCGCUGCCUACUCGGCCAAAGAAGCGGGCACGAUCUGUAGAACGGGCCUCAACUCCAUAUAGCAUAGAUUCAGAUUCUUUGGGAAUGGAGUGUAUUAUUUCGGGAAGUGCCUCUCCAACUCUGGCCAUCAACACUGUGACUAACAAAGUAACAUUGUACAAUACUGAUCAGGAUGGUAGUGACAGCCCACGAAGUAGCCUUAACAACAGUCUCUCAGACCAGAGUUUGGCAUCUGUUAAUUUGAACAGUGUUGGGAGUGUGCACAGUUACACACAGGUAACAAACCAUCCAGAACCAGUCUCUCAAUCAUUAACUCCACAGCAACAGCCACAAUACAACCUUCCAGAACGAGACAAGCAACUACUUUUCACAGAAUAUAAUUUUGAAGAUCUUAGUGCCUCAUUUCGGAGUCUUUAUAAAUCAGUUUUUGAGCAGUCACUUAGUCAGCAAGGUUUGAUGAACAUCCCUUCUGAAUCUUCCCAACAGUCCCACACUUCUUGUUCCUAUCAACAUUCACCUAGCAGUACAGUGAGCUCUCACCCACACAGCAACCAAAGCAGCCUGUCAAACAGCCACGGCAGCAGCCUCAACACCACCGGCAGUAAUUCGGUUGCACAAGUCUCACUGUCCCACCCACAGAUGCACACACAGCCAUCUCCGCAUACGCCCCAUCGACCACACAGUUUACCACAGCAUCCACAGCGUCCUCAGCACCCAGCACCACACCCACAGCAGCACAGCCAACUCCAGCCCCCUCACUCCCAGCAUUCUUCUCCACAUCAGCACAUACAGCAUCAUCCCAACCAUCAGCACCAGACGUUAACACAUCAGCCACCUCCACCUCCACAACAGGUAUCCUGUAAUUCAGGUGUUUCAAAUGAUUGGUAUGCAACACUUGAUAUGCUGAAAGAAAGCUGUCGAAUUGCCAGCAGUGUUAAUUGGUCAGAUGUAGACCUUUCACAGUUUCAAGGUCUGAUGGAAAGUAUGAGACAAGCAGAUCUCAAGAACUGGUCUUUAGAUCAGGUUCAGUUUGCUGAUCUCUGUUCUUCUCUUAAUCAGUUCUUUACACAAACUGGCCUUAUCCACUCACAGAGUAAUGUUCAGCAAAAUGUUUGUCAUGGUGCCAUGCAUCCAACAAAACCUUCCCAGCACAUUGGAGCAGGAAAUAUGUACAUAGACUCUAGGCAAAAUCUUCCUCCUUCGGUGAUGCCACCCCCUGGUUACCCUCAUAUCCCACAGGCACUCAGCACUCCAGGAACAACAAUGGCAGGCCAUCACGGAGCCAUGAGCCAGCAGCACAUGAUGCCUUCCCAAGCCUUUCAAAUGCGGCGCUCCCUGCCUCCAGAUGACAUCCAAGAUGACUUUGAUUGGGAUUCGAUUGUGUAGGGCUUGUUUCUGCAAGGCAGCAGACUCCAACAUCACCUUUCUGUGCAGUGCAGUGAAGGGAAAGGUUUAAGAAAUCCAGUUGAGUAAACAAAGUUGAUAAUCACUUUACCAAUGUUACCAAGAUUUCUUUUGAAGACAAUCAAAAAGAUUUUAGCUGGAUAACUUUCUGCUUUUAUCUGACCCAAACAAGUACUACAUGUUUGUCUCCCUGCCAACUGCUCUAUGUAGCUCCUAACUGUUGUGUGAUUUGGACGGCUUUUUGCAUAUUUGUGUCAGUUUGAUGUUAACCACAAGUGCCAGACUGAUUUUUCAGACAGAACCUAUUUUGCUGCAAGCAGUUUAUAGAUACAUAUGUGUAAAUAUGUGUACAAACAUUACUGAAAGGCUUCAAUUUUUUUUCUAAUUGGAUUGUUAUGUCUUAAAAAGAAAGUUACUAUCAGUUUUUAUUCCUUAUUAGGCUGUUUUCUGCAGGAUGCUUAUAACUGAUGCCUAGAACUGAAAGGAAAUAGAUUUUCUCCAAAGCCUAGUUUCCUUUAAUCUUUUUCAGAAAUGUAGGUAAUAAUAAAUUCCACCCAAGUAAGUCUAGGAACCCAGAGUUUGAUACUCUCCAAACAAUCUAGAGGGGCAUGUUGUUCCUGAGCAGUAUGAAGAACUGACCAAAUUUGUUUUGCUGCUCGGGGAAAUUAUAGAAACGUUGUACUUUGUCAGUGUCUGUUUCCUAAAGCUGAUGACCGCUCUGAAAUGUUUGAUUAGAAACUGCGUAUUGCUUGGCUUAUAAACAGAUUAAUGCUUCCACAUUUGCUUAUGUAUUUAUUGUUCAAAAGUGUUAUUUUAAUAUUUAUUGCUACCUUCUGUGAAUGCUCAGUUCCUAUUGGGUUCAGUAAGAAAUGUGGUGUCUGAAAGCACAGAGUAAUUUUCUUGGUAAGAGUUUACAGACAAGACAAUCAGAGGGACAUUGUGUCAUUUUCUUCAUCACCACUCCUUUAACAGGUGAGUAUAUUUCCUUCCCCCCCUCCUUCCCUCCCUCCCUCUCUCCCUUUCCCACCCCCCACCCCCCGCAUUCCUUCUGAUUGGGACUUAGAUUAAUAGGAUUUCUUUUUCUUCUGGAAUUUGAAUCAGAAUCCAUUUGGGUAACAGAACAUCAAGGCAGGGUUUAUAAAGCAAGUUUCGCACUUAGCCUCUUUCUGUUUAAGUAGCUCUGAAAGAAGGGUAGAUCUAUAUACCCAGAUCUGAUUUGCCUCAGUCUUUGGUGCAAUUAAGUGGCCUGGUAUUUCUGUUCCGUGUGUCUGUAUAUACAUGACAUUUGGCCACUUCCUUUGAAAUGAAGCCUACCUCUUGGGGUGGUUUUUAGUUGUUUUGUUUCAUGUCAUAUCAUAGUCACUCUACAUGGGUUGAUUUUUUUUAUUCUACAAUAAAGCUAUAAGGAAUGAGAUUAUUUUCCUAAUGAAUAGGUUUUGAAUUGAUUCUCUAGAGAAAAGUUUUCCAUUCUAAUGGAUUAAUAGGUUCCAUCAAAUCAAAGAGGAAUAGCUACUCACUGGUUGCUUGUUACCAUCUCUGGUCUCUUAUCAGCCAUGCUAAAUCACUUUACUUAGCCUUAGUGAUUCUGUGGUUGAGUAAUCUCUACUUGAAAUAAUCAUCUGUGUGUGUGCAUGUGCAUACAUGCGUGCAUGCAUGUACGUGUGUAUGCACAUGUAUACUCAUAUGUGUGUUUUUGUGUGUGUUUUAAUGGAGUGUUGCCUUGAAUGAAUCACUGGGAAACCAGCUUUGGUUAAGGCUGGUAAGAUUUGGGAGGAGGGAAGAGCUUUAUGUUUCUCUGUUGCUUGGACCCUGCUGGGUAUGAAAAAAGCUCAGUUCCAGCCCCUUGGAUUAGUGAAAAUGAGAGAAUUCUGGAAAGGCAGCAAACAGAUGCCUCUAAGAAGGAUCAAAGCAAGAUGAGAGAGCAGCCUGCAGAGUAAAAGCUUAUAAAGGGGGGAUGAUGUUCAUUCAGUAGUCUACUCAAGUCAGUGUUUUCUAGAUGUUGAAAUUGCUACUUUGGAGCUGUCUGAAUUGCUUGAGUAGCAAUGUGCACUUUAAAGAAUUUUGGUAUUGGAAUGCAGUCUCUUAAAUGGAAUGAUUUGAGUAGAACCACUGGUGAUAAUUUUACAAAUUGUGUGAUGCUGAUUUCCCAUUUUGCAAUCAUUUACUGAUUUGCAGUGAUCAAUAUUUUUUAAGUAAUUGAACUUACCAAGAAUGGCACUGGAGGCAAAGUCUCUACCCAAACCCAUCUAGUGUCCUGGUCCCAGGACAGGCAUUCUCUGUGGAUGUUGGCCAAACAGGGUUGGCUGGUAUAAUGCAGAGUCCCUCUAGUGGCCAUUUCUAUUGAUAGUUUGCUAAUGCAGAGCAAGUUCUGUCUUGGACUUAAAUUGACUAGAGAAUAAUAAAUGCAUGUAAUUAUAAUGGGGCACUCUGUCCAGGAGAAUAAUCCGACUGGCAUUUGUGGAAGUUUUUGAAAUGUAAAUGUAUUCAUGUGUGUUUCUGUAAAUACGUCUGUCUCAAAUGUCCUUUGAAGUGGGAGGGAAUCGAUCUAGGGAUACUUUCAAAUGGAAAAGAGUAUUUUGAUAUUGUUCAUUCAGAGGGUGAUGUGUACAUAUCUAUAUUGUAUAUAUGUGAUGAAAAUGCAUUGGCUUUUUGUGCAAACACAACCUGCUCUCUGUACUGCUAUUGGACAGUCAGUGUUUUAAUGUUUCUACAGUUUUGCUAUUGCACGAUUUCAUAUUCUGCCUCUAUGAUGAAUGGCACCCAUUCUUUGUAACUGUUUAGUGCUGUAAAGAAAUAUUCCAAGUGUCAUUAGGAUUGUUGCUGCCAGAACCGAUAUGCAUGAAUGGCACUUAAAAUAAAUACGUUAAAUCUA